AUGUUAAACGCAAAGUAAUUUCCAUGUAAAAUAGGAGAUCAAAAUUAUACUAUAGAAUUAUCAACAACUUCUUUAGAUCUAAUUAAUUAGGAAUAAAGAAUAACCUUUAAACUUUCUUUAAAGCUUAUAAUAACUUGGAUUUUUUAUGGCGAUAAAAUAAUUGGGUUAAAAGUUGAAAAUCUCGAAGUUGAAGGCGCAUCAGAAGAUAUGGCAAAGUUAAAAAUGAGUUUGGGUUGUCUUGCUACAUUUAAAGGAAUUUUAAAAUUUUAUACUUUUCAAUAAACUAUUUACCUAAACUAAAACAACACCACUAAAGUAUAAUGUUUUAUUAGAUUUUAGGUCUGUUAACUUAUAAGUAAUCGAAAUUAUAGAAUUUAUGCCUGCAAAUGCUAUAAGAAAUGUAAUCGAUCAAUCGAGUCUAUUCAUGAUGAAAUAAAUUUAAUUCUAAAACUUUAAGGACAUAAAUUUAUUCCUAUGAUAUAUGAAGUUUACGAAUCAAAUUCAUGUGUUUAUUUGAUAAUGGAACAUUUAUAUAGAAAUUUCGAUAAUGAUUUUAAUGAUGAAGAAAUAAAAAUCAUAGUUUAUGUAUAUUUCAUUAUUUACAAAGAAUUUACUAUAAUCAAUUAAAAGAUUAGAAAAACUAUCAAUAGCCCAUAAAAGCAUUUCAAGGUCUCAUAUUAUGUUUGAUGAAGACAAUUAAUUAAAAAUUAUUGGAUUUAGUAAUGCAGUUAUACAAAAAACAACAAAUCAUGAAUUUGAGCUGGACAUUUUUAAAGUAGGCACCCUAAUGUAUAAAUUGUAUUCAUUAUUAAAUAAAUUAAGCUACAAAAGAAAUAUGUAAGGUGAUGAAGACCAAUUUCCAAAAAUUCCAGAUUCUGGUAGUGAUCUAAUGAAAAAUCUCCUUGAAAAUCAAUCCUUUUAUAGAUUUAAUAUCGAUGUAGCCUUAUAACAUCCAUAUUUUAAUUCUUUAAAUGGGGAUGGAAUUGAAAAAGGUAUUUAUUAAAUAAAAUAAUUAAGAAAUUUAUUCAAUGAAUCCUAAAUUUAAAGAUAAAAUUGAAGAGACAUAAUCUUUUCAAACAAAAAAUUUUGAAAACACUCUAUUAUCUUUAACAAAGCAAUAAUAUUUUUAAGUAGAUUUGUCAACAGAAUUAUAGAACUGA